UCGAUUGCAGGUCCAUUUGGGUAAAACAGAGCUUAUCCCCUGAAGAAUGGAAUAAGAAAUUCCAUAGUGAAAUUUGCGGCGCUCUUAAAUAGUUUGAAAUUUGCGAAAUGGCCCCUCUGCCCCGUGUGGAUAUUGAUCAGCCCAAGUAUGACCAGAGUACUUAUGUGGGCAGGGCGAAGCACUUCUUCCUGGUGACCAAUCCGCUCAAUGUGCUCGCCAGCAACAAGAAGCUGGAGGAAGCGCGCCAGAUUGUGCUGAAGUACAGGGCCGGCAAGGAGGUGCCCGAGUGCGAGACGAUUGAGGAUGUGUGGAGGGCCAAGUACCUGUACGAUUCGGCCUUCCAUCCGGAGACGGGGGAGAGGCAGAUCAUCAUUGGCCGCAUGUCGGCCCAAAUGCCAAUGAACACGCUCAUCACCGGCGGCAUGAUGGCCUUCUACCAGAGCACACGUGCCGUCGUCUUCUGGCAGUGGUUCAAUCAAACAUUCAACGCCAUCGUCAACUACACGAACCGGUCGGGUGCCUCGCCCGUUAGCAAGUCGCAGCUGCUGACCUCCUACUGCCUGGCCACCAGCGGUGCCCUGGCCACGGCGCUGUCCCUCAACCGGGCUGUGAAGAUGAUGAAUCCGCUGGUGGGUCGCCUGGUGCCACUCGUGGCCGUGGCUGCCGGCAACUGCAUCAAUAUACCCUGCAUGCGCAUGCAGGAGAUUCGCAACGGGAUCGUCCUGCUGGACGAGAAGAACACUGAGGUGGGCGUGUCCAGAAAGGCCGCCUGCCUUGGCAUCUCUGCUGUUAUCCUAAGCAGAAUCAGCAUGGCCAUACCCGGGAUGACCAUGACGCCGGUGCUCAUGAACGUGCUGGAGAAGAGGGGCUUCCUGGCAAAAUACCCAAACUGGAAUGCUCCCAUCCAGACCCUGUUCUGCGGCUUUGUGCUGAUCUUUGCCACACCCAUGGGCUGUGCGUUCUUCAGGCAGCGAGCUGCCAUCAAGGUGGCCAGUCUCGAGACGAAGGUACGCGAAAAUAUCCAAAAGAAACGACCCGAUCUGGACACUGUAUGGUACAACAAGGGCUUGUGAGGAGCAACACUUUCU